AUGGAAAUUGUACAAACGCGAGUUUUUCGUCCGCGCCAAUCUGUCGUCGCUGCCGCCACCCCGUCCACUUCCUGCUUCGAAAAAGCUCAUUGUCGACCGACCGCUAAACGACGCUCUUCCGCGUUGGCGUAUGCGCUCAAUAUAGAAACGGGUACGUCAAGGAAAGUUCCCGAUCGCCGCAGCGAGGGAUCUGAAGAUUCAGACGUUAUAACAAAUACAGCGGACCUGUCUCUGGGCAUUGAAAAAGAAGCGCUGCGGCGCGAAAAUGAGCACAGAGCUCGUUCACAACUACUUAACAGUCGUACAAAACCGGUGGCGUUUGCCGUUCGCACAAAUGUCGCAUUUGACGGUAAAAAGGACGAUGACUCACCAAUACAAGGCUGUGCGAUCACAUUUGAUAUUAAAGAUUUUUUGCAUAUCAAGGAGAAAUAUGACAAUAACUGGUGGAUAGGCCGACUGGUGAAAGAGGGCUCUGAUGUGGGUUUUAUACCAUCCCCCGCCAAACUCGAACUCCUGCGUCAGAUGAACCCAUCACGAAGCUCAAAAAAUCAUUCUUCCAAAAACUCGUCAUCUUCAAACUUAGCUGAAGAUGAUGAUCCUAUUGGAAGUGGUCGGAUAUCUGCCAGAACCACAUUAACCGCUCCCACAGCCAAAGACAAACGCAAAAUUUUCUUUAAAAAACAAGAGACCACACCCCCAUACGAUGUUGUACCAUCUAUGAGACCUGUUGUGCUUGUUGGUCCAUCUCUAAAAGGGUACGAGGUGACUGACAUGAUGCAAAAAGCUCUGUUCGACUUUUUAAAACAUCGUUUUGAAGGACGAAUAAUUAUUACACGUGUAAUGGCCGAUAUAUCCUUGGCCAAAAGAUCUCUUCUCAAUAACCCUUCAAAAAGAACAGUUAUCGAAAGUAAGCCUGGUUCAAACUCAAGAUCGAAUAUAAUGGCUGACGUACAACAGGAAAUAGAACGAAUUUUCGAACUCGCGAGAACAUUACAGCUUGUCGUUUUGGAUUGUGAUACCAUAAAUCAUCCAUCGCAAUUAGCAAAAACUUCUUUGGCACCAACCAUAGUUUACUUAAAAGUCUCGUCACCUAAAGUACUCCAGCGGUUGAUCAAGUCCAGAGGCAAGUCGCAGACCCGACACCUGAACGUACAGAUGGUGGCGUCCGAGAAGUUAGCCCAAUGUCCACCGGAGAUGUUCGACGUGAUACUGGACGAGAACCAGCUGGAGGAAGCGUGCGAACACAUAUCCGAGUACUUGGAGGCGUAUUGGCGCGCAACCCACCCGCCCGUCACGCCCGACCCCAAUGAACAGCAGCUGUUGACGAGACCGAUCAGAAGCUCGCCGAGCAUGGACAUGCCCAUCAUGUCGUCGAUGAUGAACAACUAUCAGCCGUCAGAUUAUCAAUCGAUGGAUCGCAUGCCGCCGCGUCUCGAGCGCAUGCGCACCACCGAGUACGACGACUACGAACUCAGCGAUCACGACAGCAUGGUGUACGUGCCGCCGGCCAUCGGGUACCAGUCGAAACAACCCCAGCAGCAACAGCAUCACAAGCAACAGCAUCAUCAUCAGCAGCAGCAGCAGCAGCAGCAGCAGCAGCAUCACCAUCAGCAGCAACAACAUCACCAUCAGCCACAGCAGCAUCAUCAGCAGCAACAGCAGCAUCAUCAGCAGCAACAGCAGCACCAUCCGCAGCAGCACUAUCAACAGCAGAAACAGCAACAGCAGCAUCCGCAGCACUAUCAGCAGCCACAGCAACAGCAGCAGCAGCAGCAACAACAACAACAACAGCAACAGCAACAGCAACCGCCUAUGCGACGGCAGCACAGCGUGUCGUUCGAACGGGGCCAGUCGCAACGUGGACAGCCCCGUCCGGGCGGCAGCUCACACAACGUGCACCACCAGCUGUCGUACCAGACCGAUAUGCUGACCCACAGCCCUCCUGAAAACUCGUCCGACCAUCUCAUGUCGUACAUGUCUCCCACGCUCAGGUCGUCGUCGUCCACGUGGCGUGGCAACAACGUAAACAUUUAG